UUAAUCAGUUAUAAAUGGUCAGUUAUGCAUGGACAAUUCCUAAGGGAACUAACAAAAAGAAGAAGAAAAGGUGAUCUUCUCCUGGACCAGGAAGCUAUGAAGAUGUUAAUGUCAACCUAGUCAAGAUAGCUCCUCCAGAAUGGACUAUUAAAGGCAAGUAUCCUUGGAAAGUACAGUCUCUUGAUGGGCCAGGGCCUGGAAGUUACUCAGUUAGCACAAGAAGGCCAGGUAGUGCAUAUACAAUUCAGGGAAAAAGAAAAGAAUAUUAUAUUGGAGAUGAACCUGGUCCUGGAAGCUAUUAUAUGAGGCAAAGCUAUGACAACAUUGGAGGUUAUAUCGGUCAUAAGUUUGGAGAAAACUCAAAAGAGAGAUCUCCUGGUCCAGCAGAAUAUUUUCCCUCAAUUUAUAAAUCGCAUCAAGGUUGGACCUUUGGAAGUAAAACUAAUGAUAAAUUUGAAGUUUAUGAUUCUCCAGGCCCUGGAUACUAUGAAGCUUAUAGAAAUAAUAUGUAUGCUCUUGGUAAAUUUGGAAAAGAGAGAAGAGGAAAAAUUUAUUCCUCUUAUGAUUCACCUGGGCCUGGCCAUUAUUCUCCAAAGUCUAAAUCAAAAGAUGGAUGGACUAUACAAGGCAAAAGAAGUGAGAAAUAUUUCUCAGGUGAUGUACCAGGACCAGGUGAAUAUUAUCCAUUCUAUAAUCAAGGAACUCCAGCAUAUUCAAUGGCUGGAAAGAAUAAAAAGAAAAAGAAAGCUUCUGAUGGACCAGGACCAGACACUUAUUUUCCUUCUAUCAAUGCUACCAAGCCAAGGCCGAAGAGUGCUAAAUUUACUUCAGGUAGGAAGGAUCGAAGAGGACACGAUCAGCCUGGGCCUGGUCAAUACGAUAUGAGAUCAAUGCUAGGAGGUCCAUCUGCUUCCAUAAAAGGAAGACCAAAAACAGCAAAGAAAAAGAGUAGUCAUCCUGGGCCAGGACAGUACAAAGAUAAAUAUAAAAUCACAAAACCAAGAGCUGCAAGUGCGAAAAUAGGUAAAGCCAAAAGAAUGGCUCACUACACAGAUGAUACUCCUGGACCUGGCUUUUACAACAACUGGGAUAGGAAAGAUUUAAGAGGAACAAAAUUUGGUUCUUCAAAAAGACCAGGAACUGCAAAGAAAAAGAGUGGGCCCGGGCCAGGAUCUUACAACAUUAAAUCAACCUUUGGAGGCAAGUCCGGGAAGACUAUUGCAGGGAAAAGGAAGCAUAAGUCUAUUGAAGAUACACCAGGUCCUGGAAUGUAUAACCCUAAGUUAGAUAAAGGACCUGCUUUCUCUUGACAAGGAAAAUAUUCAACUGAUUACAGUUUAAGAGAAAGUCUAAAGAAGCCAGGGCCAGGCCAGUAUUUCCCAAGCUAUGACCCUGUGAGACCUCAUAAUCCUGGUAAAUCUAUGGGAAAGAAGAGGAAAGCAAAAUAUGAUGAUGAUAUUCCUGGUCCUGGCUCAUAUAACCAAUACAAAUGGGAUAAUAAGGGAAGAGGAUGGACUAUCUCUGGAAGACCAAAAACUGCUGGAAAGGAAAAAUCUCCAGGACCUGCUGCUUAUUUCCCAAGUUUAGGAAAAGAUGCACCGGCAUUUUCAAUGGGAGGACAUUAUAGAAAGCCAUAUAAUGAUGAAUUAAGCCCAGGUCCUGGAGACUAUGAAUUAAACUCUAAUUGGAACAAAGGUGUCUUAAUGGGUAAAGAGAAAAAGCUUCAAACUGCAGGAGGAUAUAAGUCUCAAUAUCCUGGACCAGGAGCUUACUAUCUUCCAGAAAAGAAAGAGAAAGGAGUAUAUAUGGGAGAGAAAUUCUAUGAUAAAGAAUACACUGGAACGCCUGGUCCUGGCACUUAUGAACAUAACAAAAAUAGAGAAGGUCCUCAUUAUUCUAUGGCAAGUACCGGAGCAAAAGGAAAAUAUGACUCCGUUGGGCCAGGUCCAGGUGCUUACAAUUAUAUUCAAUCAUAUCAGCAAGUUUAUAAUGCUAAACAUGGGAAGUCUUUUGGGCACAAAACAGGGUAUGAAAGCAAGAAUAUGGGAGUUCCUGGCCCAGGAACUUAUUAUCUUCCUCAAUCAAAAGGCAAAGGAAUAACAAUGAAAGGUAGAUACCCAGAUAAUAUUUACCAAAGAUCCCCAGGGCCAGCUGCAUAUGAUCAAAAUUGGAAGACUAUUCAAGCCAUAGUUGAUACUUCAAAGCCUAGUGCUGGAGGAACAAUGAGUAAAUCCAAUGGGUUCUAUCCUUCUGGCAGUAUUCCUGGACCAGGUUCUUAUUAUUCUCCUUCUAAGCUAACUCAUAUUGGUGGAAAAUUUGGAAGAGAAAUCAGAGGAAGUGAUAAAAAGUCUGAAAAUCCAGGGCCUGGCUACUACUAUAUCCCUUGCACAGUUGCAGAUGUUCCAAAAUAUGUGUAUCCUAACCCAGAUCCAAGAUACAAGUGGGUAUAAGGCUCACUUUCAUGAGUUAAAUAAGCUUAUUUUUCGAGAAAAUUAAGAUUCAU